UGGAAAGGGAGGCAAUAAUGAAGGGGUGAAGUGGGACCCAGUGUGGCAGGGCGUGGGAGAGGGAUGAACAUGACGUUGUCGGUUGUUUUGUGCAGAGAAAGGGAGGGCUCUUAAUCUCAUCACCAUCUCCUCACAAAAUUUAUCUACCCUCUGGCUUCAUCACAAGCAACCAAGCUGUCUCUUGUUGGAUAUGUAGUUGGCCUGUUGGAAGCCCAGAAGCACAGUCCUUGCUCCCAUGCUCUAAAGCUUAAAAACACCACACAAACCCUCUCUCUUUUACAUCUUUCCCCUGCUAAUUCUUUUGUGGUUUCUGCAUACUUGAAGACAUUAGCUAGAGAGAGAGAGAGAGAGAUGUUAAAGACUUGAUGAUGGUAAUAAAGCCUGUGGUGCUGGUACUGCGCGCUAGCUGUUGCCUCUCUCUCUCUCUCUCUCUCUCUCCUGAAACUGCAUAAAAUCUUGGAGGGCUCCAAGAUUCGAAGUUCCAAUAUUGUUAUAUCAAAAAAAAAUCCGAGAGCUUAAGAUUUUCUUUUCAAAAAACAAAAAAAGAUUAUACAUAGUGCUGCGUUUAAGAAAGCUAGGCGUGGUGCAAAAAUCAUGGAGAUAAGAGGUCUAGAAAAUGAUAUAAGAACGUCAGUCCCUUCAAGUUACAGUCAUCAAUCGUCAGGGCUAGAAGGAAAAAAUGGGAACCACAAUGACACCACUGUCCUUACUUACACCCAAACCCUAGAUCACCAACGCCAACCCUCAAGAUCUCCAAACCCAGAUCGACUUGCAAUCAUCUCAAGCGGAUCCAACUCCAAAACAUCUAAUACAAGGUACCGCGAAUGUCUCAGAAACCACGCGGCCAACGUAGGAGGCAGUGUUUAUGAUGGCUGUGGUGAGUUCAUGCCAGGGGGAGAAGAAGGAAGUUUAGAGGCACUAAAAUGUGCUGCUUGUGAGUGCCACCGCAACUUUCACCGCAGAGAAAUCGAUGGGGAGACUCAAUUCAGUCCUGGUUCAAGAAGAAGUGCUACCAUGGUUCAUAGUCUUCAGUUGCCACCACCAUUGCCUUCUCCAGCUGUGCUGCAUCACCACCACCACCACCACCAAAGAUAUUCUAUGGGGUUGCAUACCAGUCCUAACACUGCAAAUAUGGUUCAACCCAUGAGUGUGGCUUUUGGUGGUGUUAGUGGAGGAACUGAAUCUUCAAGUGAGGAUCUCAAUCCUUUCCAGUCUAAUGCAGAUGGAGUGCCACCUCCUCCACCUUAUGUUAUGUCAAAGAAGAGAUUUAGAACAAAAUUCACACCGGAACAGAAAGAUAAGAUGAUGGAGUUUGCAGAUAAAGUUGGGUGGAGGAUUAAUAAACAAGACGAUGAGGAAGUGCAGAAGUUUUGUGCUGAAGUUGGUGUGAGGAGACAGGUUUUCAAGGUUUGGAUGCAUAAUAACAAGAAUUUGAAGAAGCAGCCACAGCCAACAAGUUCCACUUGACGAGAACGAGAACCCAUGAUUUUUUCCUUGAACAUCAUUAAUCGCUUCAGGUGAUAAGGGGUCCAUGACGGAUAUAAAUGUGAAAAGCCUUGGCUGAUAGCUAGCUAGUUGUGUAGGAAGGAGAGGUCUAUGAACAAAAAAAAAGAAGAAAAGGAAGGAGGUGGUUUAGCAGGAUUAUUGAAUAUGGGAACUAAGGUCUUUGUCUUUGAUCAGAAAUUUGUAAGAUUCUCAUGUUAUCUUAAUUUCUGCAAUCUUCCUUUUUCUCA